GUGCCGGUGCCAUUAUAUAUAUCAGCUGUAGGUAGGAUAGUAUACCGUGCCAACGCAUUUUAAAGGAAUUGUCUUGCUUGUUAUUACGUCACCGGUGCAUGUGCUGUUUGAAACGCAACCCAGGCCUUUUAACUGUUUGAAAAUGAGCUUCAGUGCCGCCGCCCCUCUUGCCAGCCGUAGCCGCCAAGAAAAAGUUCUGGCGUCCAAUAAGACGGAUAUGUCUCGGGUGCAGAGGGCCAAGCAAAGGACGGUACUCGGCGUCUUGACUGAAAACGAACAACACGGAUCCUCGUUCAGUCAGCGAGGGCGGUUCUCCAAAAAUGUCUCCAUCUCGGACAAUUCCCACUCUACUCUCCUGGGUUGUCCCUCCAGCUCUAGUGUAGAGAUCUAUGCGGAUGAACCAUGUGAGGUUAUCAUCCCCGCCUCCAGCAUGGCUGAAUACCCUCAAAUGGUGAAUGAGGAAACGGCAGCAAUGCAGCAUAAAGAUUUCAGGCUUUUCUUGGACCUGAGCUCCGGGUCAUGCAUGGAUACGUCUAUCCAGUCGAUCCCUGACGAAGCCCUCAUCUCUCAGGAUGUCAUGUGUCUUGCAGAGUAUGCCGAGGACAUCCACAGAAACUUAAGGGAGAGUGAAAUAACGUGCCGCCCCAAGCCCGGCUACAUGAGGAAGCAGCCGGACAUCACCAACUGCAUGCGCGUCAUCCUUGUGGACUGGCUGGUGGAGGUGGGUCAGGAGUACAAGCUGUGCGGGGAGACUCUGUUCCUGGCCGUCAACUACAUGGACCGCUUCCUGUCCUGCAUGUCGGUUCUCCGGGGGAAACUGCAGCUGGUGGGCACCGCUGCCAUCCUCCUGGCUGCUAAAUACGAGGAGGUGUACCCCCCGGAGGUGGAUGACUUUGUGUACAUCACGGACGACACGUACUCCAAGAAGCAGCUGCUCCGCAUGGAACACCUCCUGCUGAAGGUUCUGGCUUUCGGCAUGACGGUCCCCACCACGCACCAGUUCCUCCGCCACCUCCUCACUGUGCACUCUGUCUGCUUCAAGACGGAGAACCUCGCCCUGUAUGUGGCAGAGCUGAGCAUGUUGGAAGUGGAUCCAUUCCUUCACUACACACCGUCUAUGGUGGCGGCUGCGGCCUUCUGUCUGGCGAACUACACCCUGAACCGGGCCCUUUGGCCUGACGCUUUAUGCUCCUUCACUGGCUACACCCUAGCGGAGAUUGCCCCCUGUCUCAAGGACAUCCACCAACUGCACCUGACUGCUGCCAGUCGCCCUCAGCAGGCCAUUAGGGAGAAGUACAAGAGCUCAAAGUUUGGCACAGUGUCUCUGUUGAUGCCGGCGGAGACUCUGCCUUUCCACUAAAGCCGCUGCAGGGUGACGGACAACACAGCGCUUAGCUCCCCCUGUUUAUAGCUACUGUACAGACUGGUUCAUCACUUUUUAAUCAUUUUUAAAUAUUUUAAUCUUGUAAAUAACUAUCCUAGGUAGUGUUGGGCAACUAUCAGGUAAACUGCUAUAACGUGACUUGCUCCUUGUUGACUUCAAACUCUUGAAUACCUAAUCUAGUGCCAGUCUUCUCAGGAUGAAACCUGUCUGGAAGUCUUAGUACAUGUAUUUUUUUUUUUUUGGGCACCUUUUGUUUAAGUUUGUCUGCCUUUUCUGAACAAUCAUGACCUCAGGCUGCACCUUGUAUGUUUGCAUCAUGUGAUUAAAGGAAACAAGUUGACUACA